AUGUCGAACGACGCGCAAGUAGAGGAUCACUACUUCUCUGCCAACCCGCCACCAAAGGCCCUUGCUAGACAUGUGGCCCAGGCGAGCGCCUUUCUGGACCAUCAAGUCGCCUCAGACCGCCCUGUUGUCCUCAUCACCUCGGGCGGCACGACCGUGCCCCUAGAGCGCAACACGGUCCGCUUCAUCGACAACUUCAGUGCCGGCACUCGCGGCGCCACCUCGGCCGAGUACUUCCUCGAGGCCGGGUACGGCGUCAUUUUCCUGCAUCGCGAAUUCAGCCUCCAACCCUACAGCCGCCACUACUCACACGCCACGGACUGCUUCCUCGACUUCCUCCAGGAGAGCCCCGACGGCAGCGUUGUCGCCAACAGCGCCCACCAAGAGAAGAUGCUCGCCGUCCUCCGCAAGUACAACACUGCGCGCGCCACCAACGCGUUGCUCGUCAUCCCCUUUGUCACCAUUACCGACUACCUUCACGAGCUGCGCGCCAUCUCCCGGCUCAUGCGCCCUCUGGGCCCCCGUGGCCUGCUCUACCUCGCCGCCGCCGCCUCUGACUUUUUCGUGCCGCCCGAGCGCAUGGCCGAGCACAAGAUUCAGUCCACGACGGCCACCGACGGUCUUCAAACCACAGACCCAGCCCUAGGUAAUGUGCAGCAGAAAGCGCAGCCGCCGAAAAAGAAGACGGACGAGACAGACAACGAGGAGACGUUUGACAAUUUCGACUCGUAUCCCAAGGUGCCCCGCGCCAAGCGCCUCGUCAUCGACCUUGACCCGGUCCCCAAGUUCCUCAAGAACCUCGUCGACGGCUGGGCCCCGGCCCAGAUGAUCGUCAGUUUCAAGCUCGAGACGGACCCCGCCAUCCUCGUCCACAAGGCCCGCUACAGCCUCGACCGCUACCAGCACCAUCUCGUCAUCGGGAAUCUGCUGUCGACGCGCAAGUGGGAGGUCGUCUUUGUGAGCCCCGGCCGUCCGGACCACUGGGUGCGCGUGCCGAGCGCCGCGCGCGAGGCCGCGAGCCACCGCCGCGAUGCGGGCGUCGCGGCAGCAGGUCAGCUGGAGCCGACACAGACGCAGGCGCAGGGGGAUGAGCAUGUUGAUGAGAAGCCCAUGGACCCGGCGUGGCUGCCUGAGGGCGAGCCCGAGGUGGAGAUUGAAAGCCUCAUCAUCCCGGCGGUCGAGGCGUUGCAUCUGGAGCACAUCAAGGCGAGCGCGGCCAAAAAAUAG